CAGAGUAAGCAGCAGAUAUGGAGACCAACGAGGAAGGUGGCCUCAAUGCCGGAGGCUCUGUGGGAGAGGAGAACUACUUCCUGGGAUACACCUUUACUGACCGAUCUCACUCCAGUCGGGUGGUGAAGAGCAUCAUGGACUUGUGCCUUGAAGGCGGACUCUUUGCUGAUGUCACCAUCAUUGUAGACGACAAAGAGUUUCAUCUGCAUCGACUGGUGCUGUCUGCACAGAGCAGUUUCUUUCGCUCGAUGUUUACAUCCAACCUUAAGGAGUCCCACAACCGCACUAUCGAGCUGAAGGACGUUAGCGCCACGGUCUUUCAGCUGCUGAUCGAYUACAUCUAUCACGGCACGAUCAAACUAAGGGUGGAGGAGCUGCAGGACACUUAUGAAAUGGCAGACAUGUACCAGCUGACGGCUCUCUUUGAGGAAUGCUCCCGCUUCCUCUCACGAACAGUGGAGGUCAAGAACUGCUUACAGGUGAUGUGGCUCGCAGACAGACACAGUGACCAGGAGCUGUACACAGCAGCCAAACAGUGCGCAAAAAUCCAUCUUGCUCAACUACAGCAAACUGAAGAAUAUCUCAAUCUGCCUCUGUGUCUCCUUUUGGACAUCAUCAAGGAUGGUGUUCCAACCUCCCAGAAUCCAAUGAUGGCCAUCGAGUCGUGGAUUAACCACAACAAGGUUGAGAGAGAGGAGUUUUCUUGCAUCCUUCAAGAGAAUCUUAAGGAAAUUGGGGAGAAUGUCCAUAUUUACCUGAUUGGUAAAGAGGAGACCCGGACUCACUCCCUCGCCGUGUCGCUGCACUGCGAUGAGGACGAUGCCAUCAGUGUGAGYGGACAGAACAGUUUGUGCCAUCAGAUCACCGCUGCCUGCAAACACGGCGGUGACCUGUACGUGGUAGGCGGGUCCAUCCCUCGCCGCAUGUGGAAGUGCAACAUGCACACUAUGGACUGGGAGCGCUGUGCACCACUGCCCCGCGACCGCCUCCACCACACCAUGGUCUCCGUCUCCACCCAGGACGCCAUCUACUCGCUGGGAGGUAAGACGCUGCAGGACACGCUCUCGAACGCCGUCAUCUACUACACGGUGAAGGACAACGUGUGGACAGAGACCAGCCAGCUGGACACGGCGGUGUCCGGGGCCGCUGGCGUUAACCUGGGAGGAACCAUCUACCUGCUCGGAGGGGAGGAAAACGACAUGGACUUUUUCACGAAGCCGUCUCGUCUCAUUCAGUGCUUCGACACGUCCUCCAAAAGGUGCCAGAUCAAACCCUACAUGCUGCCGUUUGCGGGCUGCAUGCACGCUGCCGUCCACAUGGAUGUGAUCUUCAUUGUAGGGGAAGGAGACUCCCUGGUGUGCUACAACCCCCUGCUGGAGAGCUUCACGCGCCUGCGUUUCCCUGAGGUCUGGAGCUGCAUCCCGUCACUGUGGAAGGUGGCCAGCUGUAACGGCUACAUAUACGUCUUCAGAGACAAAUGCAAAAAAGGCGACGCUAACACACUAAAGUUUAACCCGGCCACGUCUGUGGUUUCCUUCAUCAGAGGCAUAAAGAUCCUCCUCACAAACUGGCAGUUUGUUUUGGCAUGACCUAAAGAUUUUCACACUGAUUUCAUGACUUCACUCUCCAGCCAUCCUGUGACGGCUGAUAAAGACAUAUUUAUUCAGCUGCGUUGCUCAUUCCGGCCUGGUGAAGAUAAUUCAGUUGUCUGUCGYUUCUUUUCCAGUAUAUCAUUGUGGGCCUCUUUCUGAGGAGUAAACCUGUGGUGAUGCUGUGACCAGUGAUGAACUAAGCUGUUGUUUCCUGCUUGUUUACAGAUCUACAUGAACCAAUUCAGUGGGAAACGCCUUUCACUAUAUUGUGAUUAUCACGCCGAUUUGACCGAAUAAAUGUAACAGUUUGAAGUUUGUAUUCAUAAAUGUAAUGUCAGAGAUGUUUUGUAACUUUUUAAUUUUUACAAUAUUUUUAGGUAUGCUGGAAAUUAUGUUGACUAUUAUAUAAAAUGUUAAAAUUUCCCCACAAAA